AUGAAAACAGCGGCAACGGGACGGAAUACAAAGAAGCAAUGUUUAUCAGGCGGCAGAAGAAGAGCCAAAACGAGGAAAACCUCUGAGGGGUGUGUUCCGGAAUGCACGCCCUUGCCCGGCGUCGAUCGCGCCAUUGCUGAGGUAGAUGGACAGCCAUCGGAUGGUGAUUCUGACAGAGAGUAUCUUGUGAAGGUGGAAGGGUUGGAUUUGACGAGGUACGCAGUUGCGAGCUCAAAGAUGCGCAAACAUCGUCUUCUGAACCGGAAAGCCGCGAACGGCGAUUGUGGAGGAAGCAAAGGAGGGCACAAGGCAGGGAGCUUUGGCGCCAUGGUGCGUGAGUACUCUGGCUUCUGCAGCCGCUUUUGGAAUGCCGUCUCAGAGAGACUGGAAGACGGAGAGCUGAAUCUAGAGAACCUUCCAGAAGGAUCGCCGCUGGAGAUUUGCUACUACUUGGGGAAGCUGCUCGAAAAGGGCGGACCUUUGAGCACAACAACGAAGGCUCAAAUGGACACCAUGAUCAAGGUUCCAAUGAUGGGGAUUUCAAUGGCAGUUCAGCGCCUUGUCGAUUACGAGCGUGACAAGGCAUCAGCUGCUGAGAGGCGCGUAUCAGAGCUAGAGGAGCGACUAAAGAGCUUUGAAAAGGGGUUGGAGUGCGUGGAGAGCGCGAAGGCCGUCACCCGGGGCAUGCUGGCGGGGACUGAACACAAAGAAGAAUGA